AUGGCUUCAUCUAUUCCAACUGGUGCUAUUCAACGAUCAACGGACCUGUGCCGAUAUUUUCUUUCAAAUCAAUGUCGUUAUGGCGAUAAAUGCUUCUAUUCACAUGAUCGAUCAAAUAAUCAAUCAAAUAAUGCCUGCCGAUAUUAUCUGAGGGGCAAAUGUAUGUACGGAGAUCGAUGCAGGUAUGAUCAUGUACGACCUAAACCACAACUGGCGCUUCGUUCUAUCGAUCCGAUAUCCGAACUUUUCGAUGGUAAAUCUCAAUCUUUUUGUGAUGCGAGCAAUGAAGUUCUAUAUCAACCGUCGAAUUCUAAUGAAGAACAACAAAACAGUGAUGCUCCUAACUUUACUAUUUCCACAUUUUGUCCAUAUGCUGAAAAAAAUGGUUUAUGCGAAGCAUUAGACGCAGGACGCUUUUAUCCAACGGACGACAAACAACGAGAAGAACAUCGUUUCGAAUGUUUGAAAAAACAUGAAGCUGAGUGUGAAGAAGCGUUUGCUAUUCAACGUAGUCAAGAGAAGAAAUGUGGUAUUUGCUUGGAGAAAGUCUGGGAUCGUGACGGUGAUAAACGAUUUGGUUUGUUGGAAAAUUGUGAUCAUAUAUUUUGUUUGGAAUGUAUACGAAAAUGGCGAUCAUCAUCGAACUAUGAACAUAAAGUUGUAAAAGCCUGGUUAGAUAUGAAUCCGGAAUGUCGAACAAAAUCGGAUUUCGUUACUCCAACGAAGUAUUGGCCAGAAAAUGAUCAAGCGAAGAAUAACGCUAUUCAAGCGUACAAGGAAAAUCUUCAGCAAAUACAUUGUAAAUUCUUUAAACGUGGUGAUGGCGUGUGCCCAUUCGGCUCGAAAUGUUUCUAUUUACAUGUGGAUAAACGUGGGCAGUAUGUUCAAUUAGGUCCACCACGUCGUCGACGACGAAUGAAUACUCAAGGGGAAUUCGAAAGUUUAUCUGAUAUUCUAAUGGUUUCGAUCUUUUCAUCGAUGGACGUUGGACGAUUCUUCGAUGAACUUGAUUAUUUAUUCAACGAUGAUGAUGAUGAUGAUGAUGACAUGGAAUCGUAUGGAUCGUAUUUGACCAAUGAAGAUGAUUUUCAAUUUGCUGAGGAACAUGAUCUCACUGAUAAUGAAGAAGAAUUUCGAUCAUGGCACUGA